AUGGUUGGUGCAAGAUUAGGCCAAUAUUGGCUAACCCUUGUAGUCUGUUCUCUCUUGUUGCUGAGAACAGAAGGUGAUAGUUAUGUAGGAAUCACUUACGUCCAGAAUGUGGCGGCUACCGGAGCAGUUUGUUUGGAUGGUAGUCCACCAGCAUACCAUUUAGAUAGGGGGUUUGGCAGUGGAAUCAACAACUGGUUGGUUCACUUUGAGGGAGGAGGAUGGUGUCACAAUGUCACAAGUUGCCUUUGGCGUAGCCGUUCACCUUUAGGUUCGUCUAAACAAAUGGAUCAGCAACUUCCCUUCUCAGGAAUACUAAGUAAUACACAAGCUUAUAAUCCAGACUUCUACAACUGGAACAGAAUUAAGAUUAGGUACUGCGACGGGUCAUCGUUCACCGGUGAUGUUGAAGCAGUGAAUCCAGCUACUAAUCUUCACUUCAGAGGAGAAAGGAUUUGGAAUGCUGUCAUUCAAGAACUACUGAGGAAAGGAAUGAACAAUGCUAAAAAUGCUAUGCUUUCUGGUUGUUCUGCCGGUGGCCUGGCAUCGAUUCUGCAUUGCAACAGCUUCAAAGCCCUGUUACCUAAGGGUACUAAUGUGAAAUGCCUCUCCGAUGCUGGUUAUUUUAUCGACGUGAAUGAUGUCUCUGGAGCAAAACAAAUUGAGGAAUAUUUCAGUGAAAUAGUUGAUCUCCAUGGAUCAGUAAAGAAUUUUCCGCGAUCUUGCACUUCGCGAAUGAAACCAGAAAAGUGCUUCUUUCCGCAAAAUGUGGUGCAACCAAUUCAGCCACCGCUGUUUAUACUAAACGCCGCCUAUGAUUCCUGGCAGAUAAGGAACAUCUUGGUGCCUGACACAGCUGAUCCUCAUGGCUAUUGGGGCCAAUGCAAGGAUGAUAUAAAGAAAUGCUCACUCAGUCAACUCAAAACAAUCCAAGGUUUUAGGUUGGAGUUUCUAAAUGCAUUAUCUGCGGUUGGGAAAUCACCAGCUAGAGGAAUGUUUAUUGAUUCUUGCUUUUCUCACUGCCAAACAGAAUUUCAGGGAACAUGGUUGAUGCCUGGAUCACCAACGAUUAGUAAUACUACUGUUGCAAAGGCAGUAGGAGACUGGUUUUACGACCGAGCGCCGGUACGAAUGAUAGAUGGCCCUUUCUCUUCCAGUUCCAUUUGUGCUUUCGUUCACAAGUAGGAUUCAUUAGAGGAACAGAUGAGAUUGAUUAGUCUGUUCUUUUUUUUUUAUUAUUGAAUUAGGCUAAAAAAUAAGCAAAUAAGUCCUCACCCCCUCUGCGCUUAUACUAUGAGUGGAGGGUGUUUUCCUACCAUCUUCCCACCUCAUGUAAUCAAUUAUUGUUCUCAUCUAAAGACAAUGCUUCAUUCAAGUUUUCUUAAUAUAAUA